UGUUAUCGUGGCUGUUCCCCUCGUACUGCUGCAGCGGUGUUGAUUCUUUUAUCCGCGAUAUUGUCCGGUUGUAGUUAGGUGUAUAUGGAUUUGGAAGGCGGCGCGUGUGAGCCCGGGUUCGUCGGGAUCCGGUUUUGUCAGGAAUGUAACAACAUGCUGUAUCCAAAAGAGGACAAAGAGAACCGCAUCCUCCUCUAUGCUUGUAGGAACUGUGAUUAUCAGCAGGAAGCCGAUAACAGCUGCAUCUACGUGAACAAAAUCACACACGAAGUUGACGAGCUCACACAGAUAAUUGCUGAUGUGUCUCAAGACCCAACGCUGCCUCGUACCGAAGAUCAUCCAUGCCCUAAAUGUGGCCACAAGGAGGCGGUGUUCUUCCAGUCACACAGCAUGAAGGCUGAGGAUGCAAUGAGGCUGUACUACGUGUGUACGGCUCCACACUGUGGACACAGGUGGACAGAGUGAAGGAGAGGUGGAGCGACUCACUCGCUUAAUUCGUCUCUAAGGCUAAUGAGCUCAGAUGUGUUCAGAGGUCUGAUUUGUGUGUGUGUGUGUGUGUAAUAAUGGAUUCUUAGUUUUCUUAUUAAAUAUUUUUUAAA